AUGGAGAGGGUUGCCACAAUAAUUGGCACAUUACAAACAUAUUAUCUGUCGAGUUUGUCAGAGAAUCAGAGUUGGUCACUAUUUAGGCAACGGGCAUUUGGCCGUCAAGAGGCUGAAGAAUAUCCUAACCUUGUAGUUAUUGGAAAAGAGAUUGUGAAAAAAUGUGGUGGUGUUCCGCUGGCUGCAAAGGCUCUUGGAGGCUUUCUACGAUUUAAAAGGGAAGAAAAUGAAUGGAACUCCGUGAAAUGCAGUGAAAUUUGGAACUUACCUCAAGAUACAACACAUAUCUUGCCCGCGUUGAGAUUGAGCUACCUUAAUCUUCCAGUAGAGUUGAGAGGUUGCUUUGCAUAUUGUGCAGCAUUUCCCAAGGGCUAUGAAAUUGAAAUAGAAGAGGUAAUACAUUUGUGGCUGGCAAAUGGAUUGAUUUCAUCUAAUGAAACGAUGGAAGUGGAAGAUGUUGGUGUUGCCGUGCUGACUGAACUAUAUUAUAGAUCACUAUUCCAAGCAGUAAAGGAAGAUGAAUUUGGCAAUGCCCUCACUUUUAAGAUGCAUGACCUUGUCCAUGAUUUGGCUCGAUCAGUAAUGAAGGCUAAACACGGUGGAACAGAGUCAAAUAGAACGAUGAUAUUAGGUAUGCCAGAUGAUCAGCUAACAGUGGCUUUUCCUAUUACAAUCACAGGCAUUGACCAGUGCUUUUCUUUCUUGUCAAAAUGUGGCUCCCUGAGGGCUCUCAUGGUAAAGUCAAUGGAGUCUACCCAAGAAGAGUUUACGAAGUUGUCACAUGCAAUAAGCAAACUGAAACAUUUAAGGCAUCUAGAUCUUUCAAGAUCUUUAAUUGUUGAACUACCCAAUUCAAUUUGUGACUUGUGGAAUUUGCAAAUUUUAAACCUAAAUGAUUCUCUCAUUCUUUUGAGUCUACCCAAGGGCAUGAGAUUCCUCAGAAAUCUUCGGCAUCUUUGUCUACAGGGGUGUUGGAGUUUGACUCACAUGCCAAGUGGAAUUGGGAAGCUGACUUGCCUACGGACGUUGAGUAUGGUCGUCUUGGGUGGCAAAAAAGGCUUCCAACUAAGUGAGUUGCAAGACUUAAAUAUGCUUGGAGGAGAGCUAACAAUUGGGCACCUUGAGAGGAUUGAAGACAAAAAGGAUGCAGAAGAAGCUUGCUUAAUUAAAAAACAGAGUCUCCGCUGGUUGAAUUUGUAUUGGGAUUCCGAAAGAACGCUUCAACGGUACAAUGAUGAGGAAGUGCUUGAAGCCCUCAAACCCUGCCCCAACCUUCAACUGCUGCGUGUCCUAGGCUUCAACGGUUCAUCAUUUCCAUCUUGGAUUUCAACUGUAACAAAAGUUGCUGUGAACGAAAGUGCAGCGGAGUACAUAGUUGGGGACUUCUUAGAUGGUUCCCAUCGGGUUCAAGUUUUGCAGCGAAUAAAGACUUAA